AUGAUGUUAAGAAAUUUGUUUCCAAUAUUCAUUUAUAUCAUUUUUGUUCUUUUAUUUUUAGCACUUUCAUUAUUCCUUUUAUACAUUUGGAGACGCAUUUUGACGAACUCGAGCAAUUCAGACUUGGGAGGAAGUGAAGAAGAUGUUGAACGUUCACUUCUUACGACAUCUCUUCCCAUUUCGAACAAGUACGAUUUAGAUAGGACGAGAAUUCAGACUGAAUCUGAACUAAUCAGUGAAACAAUCAAAUCUCUUAUCGGUGACAACCAUCUGGAAAUUGAUCCUGAAAAUUUGAAAAUUUCUACGGAAAACUAUAUUGGGUCAGGAUUUUUUGGUACAGUUUAUCGUGCAGAGCUCAGAAGAGAGAGAAGGAAUUCUAACUUCAUGAUUGUGGCUGUUAAAGAACCAUCAAACAUACAUAAUAUUAGACAGAAGAAAAUACUUCAUGAGGAGUUGAACGUAAUGUGCAGCAUGGAAAAACAUCCAAACAUUUUGUCUCUGGUCGGAGUAGUAACACAGAGAAAUGUGAUGAUAGUAACGGAGUACGUGGAGGAUGGCGAUCUUUUGAAGUUUUUGAGAAAAUGUAAAUUCGAUAAAGAUUCAGUGAAACUGGAUGAAAAAUCACUUUGUAAAGCUGAUUUGUUUUCUUUCACAUUUCAAAUUGCCAAUGGAAUGCAAUAUUUGGAACGAGUGCCGUGUGUCCAUCGCGAUUUGGCUUUGCGAAAUGUUCUUAUUAAAAACAAUGGAGUUCUAAAAAUAGCAGAUUUUGGAUUGGCCAGACGUCAUGAUAAAAAAGAUUAUUAUAGAACAAAAACAACGGACACCGCUCUUCCAAUAAAGUGGUUGGCCCCCGAGUGUUUCGAAGAAGAAGAAGAAAAAAUAAGAUUUGAUUCGAAAUCGGAUGUUUGGUCUUAUGGUGUCUGCCUUUAUGAAAUAUUCUCCCUGGGAGAAAGUCCGUACAACGAAUUGGAUUCCAACAAUUUUGCAUUUUUGCAAGUUUUGGCUGAUUUCCUUCGAAAGGGAAAUACGCUUUCCGAACCGGAGCAUUGCGCUCCUAAGAUGUACUACUUUAUGAAGUCUUGCUGGAAUCUGAUUCCGGAAGAACGGCCAUCUUUCACCGCCUGCACUAACUUCUCUCGUACCCAGCUUAAUCAGUUGUCUAACGAGUUUUGCAUGGAGACAAUCGGAAAAAUUGAUAAUGAAGCAAACGAACAACGUUGCUUGGGGAGAUGGACCUGA